AUGAUCACACGAGUAGCCAUGAUGUUUGAUCAAGCGUCGUCGGAUACGGCCAACUCACCCAGAAAUGCAGUUAUUGCCAAUGAAGCCUUCUACAACACAAUCCAAGACGUCACCCUGCCUGAUCUUGAUGAAAUCAAAGGUUCCACAAUACCAGGAAAUGAACACGUAGUCUUUGCAGAACUUACACAGAAGUACGAAGAACGUUUUAUGCGCAGCAUGAGAUAUCUAAGUCUAGACGAGGUGACGCAGGUCACUGAAUACGACCCAAGUAUCGUGGAAUACGUUGAGGAGAUUGUCGCAAAUGAAUUCGCCUAG